AUGUCGGGGAGAGGAAAGGGCGGCAAAGGCUUGGGCAAGGGUGGCGCUAAGCGCCACCGCAAGGUUUUGAGAGAUAACAUCCAAGGCAUCACCAAGCCCGCCAUUCGGCGCCUUGCUCGGCGCGGGGGGGUCAAGCGCAUCUCCGGCCUCAUUUACGAAGAGACCCGAGGUGUGUUGAAGGUGUUCCUGGAGAAUGUCAUUCGGGACGCGGUCACCUACACGGAGCACGCGAAGCGCAAGACGGUCACUGCCAUGGACGUGGUGUACGCACUCAAACGGCAGGGACGCACCCUGUAUGGCUUCGGAGGCUAA